AUGAGUAACCCCGAUCCUGACCAAGAUACAAUCGAAGCAGUCCGCACUUCCCGCCUCGUGGCCUCCAAACGCCGCUCCGCGUUCCCCUCCGCAGCAACUCCGCGCAACCCCGGCGAAGCCCAAGGCGUCAAAAUGGUCGUCUUCCGCAUCCGCCACUUCAACCAGCGAAAUGACGAGCCCUGGCUCACGGCAACCUUCACCAGCACCGCCAACGUCCGAUCCACCAUCCAAGGCCUGAUCGAGCAAGUGUCCACCAAGCCGAACAGCGCUCUCUAUCUCAACAGCGACUACAACAACCCGGGGAAGCAAGUCACCCUGGACGAGCUGGUCGAUCUCGUCACGAAGGAAAGCGUCCUCGUCGGUGGAGAGGUGGAUGAUGUGGAAGUCGUCGUGGGCGAGCCGAGACGUUCUGCGCUCGUACAGACGACACCUCCGCGAAGGGAGGAACGCAGGGAGCGGAAGAAGGAAGACACGAAGUGUUGCGUCGUCCUCUGA